GAGAGACUGGCGAGCAUAUUCUCUCUCAAAAUUGAAGCUUUGUGUGUGUAUAUUGAAGGCAAUGCAGUUCCUACUCUCUCCAUAAAUCGAGGAGGAUUUUUGCACUUUCUUCUACAAAAGACAGAGGGCACGAGCAUCUCCAUCCACAGGUUAUCAGAGUUGUACUAAAGAAUACACGGAUGUUAGGUCCAACUCCAAAAUGAUCAUCAAUGGUGCGUUGACGACUAUAGAGAGCUAAAAGAAUUUGGGAAAGAUAUUGCAUUUCUUCAAAUUUGGGAUAACUUGUGCGGCUGUCAUCUGUCCCAUCUGAUGAUUAGUUUCCAAUCAUUUUACUCAUUACGGCUGAAAUUCUUUUCAAGAACGCCUUUUUUGUACUCUAUUUCCCGUAUUUUCCUCCCUUCAGAUGUGUUCUUUAUAUGUUGCUUUAAUUGCUUAAGAUUUCGCCUAAAAAUUUGACAACCCCUGUCUGUUGGCUGUAAUCUGUCACAUCUAUCAGCGUCUCUGUAAGUAGCUGGGAAUCAGUGUUAACUGUAUUUCAGGGGGUUUUUUGUUUGAGAUUUCAUCCAAGCUUGAAAAGUCAGAAAUUUGACUGAAAAUAUGGCUAAAUGGCUUCAUUCAACUUCAUUUGCGGACUUGCCUUCACAUUUGAUUUUAGAAGUUCUAACCUCUGGUCGGCUUAAUGCUCGUGAUCUUGUUUGCUUGGAGUUGACUUGCAAGAUGUUUGGAGGGAGCCAUGAGUUGUACCCUCUUAAGUUUCGGUCAUUAGUUGAUUUUGCAGCGUUUCAAUUAUGUAUAUCACACAACAUUUAUUCCAGAAUGGGAGGAGAUUCCCAGAAACAGCUCUUUGAUCGCUGUCAUGGGAAGUGGAAACGGGUUUACAGGUUCUUGCAAUUGGUGGAAAAGUCUUCCAAAAUUGUUGAGACCUCAGAAGGAAAUCAGAUGCAGAUUGCAACUGGGAGAUAUCAUACGUUACUGAUCAGCAAUGCUUCCGUAUACUCUUGUGGUUCAAGCUUAUGUGGUGUUCUCGGUCAUGGGUCUGAGACCACACAAUGUGUAUCGUUUACCCGAAUUAACUUUCCACCUUCUGUAUAUGUGGAGCAAGUUUCUGCUUCUCACAAUCAUGCUGCAUUUGUCACGCAGUCCGGACAGGUUUUCACCUGUGGAGAAAAUUCAUCAUUUUGUUGUGGGCACAGAGAUACAAGUUGCCGAAUCUUUAGACCUAAACUUGUUGAAGCAUUAAAUGGAAUUCCUUGCAAGCAGGUUUCUGUGGGGCAUAACUUUUCAGUGUUUUUAACAAGACAAGGCCACGUCUACACAUGUGGAACCAACCCACAUGGACAGCUUGGCCAUGGUGAUACUCAAGAGAGACCCACUCCGAAGAUUGUUCAACUGCUUGUGGAAAUUGGAUCUAUUAUUCAGAUCGCUGCCGGUCCAAGCUAUGUAUUGGCCGUAGUUAACGAUGGAAGAGUAUACUCUUUUGGGUCAGGAUCUAACUUCUGCCUUGGCCACGGAGAGCAGCACAAUGAGUUCCAGCCUCGUGUCCUCCAGACAUUUAAAUUAAAGGAUAUUCAUAUCGUUUCUGUCUCUGCUGGUGACGAGCAUGCGGUAGCAUUAGACUCUAAUGGACUUGUAUAUACUUGGGGGAAAGGCUACUGUGGUGCACUGGGCCAUGGCGAUGAGAUUGAUAAGACUAUUCCCCAACCCCUAAACAGCCUAAAGAACCAACUCGCCAUGCAGGUAUGUGCAAGGAAGAGGAAAACAUUUGUGCUGGUUGACACUGGCAUUGUCUAUGGUUUCGGGUGGAUGGGGUUUGGCAGCCUUGGAUUUCCAGACAGAGGAGUAUCUGAUAAAGUCUUGCGACCUCGAAGCCUCGACAGCUUGAGAUCUCACCGCGUCUCUCAAAUCAGUACUGGUCUGUAUCACACCGUCGUGGUUACUGACAAAGGAAAGAUCUUCGGCUUUGGAGACAACGAAAGAGCACAACUGGGGCAUGAAUCUCUAAGAGGCUGCCUUGAACCCACCGAAAUCUUUAUCCAAGAUUUGGAUGAUGAGGCUACUGUUUCAGAAUCUGAGAAUCUGGGCAAUUAACCAAGCUGUUAUCUUUACUUUAGAUCUUUGUAACUUUAUGUUUGAUAUUCACAUUUCAAUCUCCAUCGUCUAUUUAUCUGUUGUUGUAAUGUAUUUGCAGUACUUUUUUGGGCGAAAGACUAUAAACAGUGUGUUUUAGUUCAGUUUUUACUUGUUUUUUUUUUUUAGAAAAUUGGUGUAUUGUUAGGGAGUCUAAAAGUCAAUUAUUCUCUUAAUUACAUUAUUGAGUAUAAUCUCAAGCACUUCUUGGA